GCCACCUUAUGCCGACCCUGCAUACUUUAUUUAGAAAUAGCUUAGUUUGUAUUGUCAUCAUUUUUAGAACGUAUAAAUAUAAUGUAAUAGACAAGAGCAAUAACAAUUAAUAUAGUAAUCGAUGUAGUCAUUAUCUAUCAAUCAAGUUAGUUGUAAGUUAAGUUAGUCCCUGUUCUCAAUAAAUUUGUUUUUUAAAAAAGCAAAUGCCGGUUGUUGUCCUUUAACUGGCGCAGUCGGUAGUUCGGUCUUUCCAAUAUUGGACAAAAAUCGCCAUAUUUGGGUCCGUUUCUACGGUUUGAAGACCGCUACAAUCCCUGGAAGCUGAAAGAAGACCUGCAGAAACCUUCAAAGAACAAGAAUCGUCGGAAGUACCUGCAGCGAUCCAAUUGAAGCAACCACCCGUUCAGCACCGGAUUGAGAACAGCUAUAGUUUAGGUCCUGGGAAUACAAAAAUCGAUUCCUUUAGGAAAUUAGGCUAAGAGACAAAUGGAAAUUUUGGCAAGAACCUUACUAAUCCUCACCUUCGUUGGAAGAGAACUAGCCCUUCCCCAAUUCCAUAACCUCAACCAGAACCCUGGACUACUACCACUUAAACUCGGCAAUGCCCAAAACACAGCAGACUAUUGGUCUUUUGUACAAAUUUUUGACGUAAGUGACAUAAUCCAAGAAACCAAAUACCUAGAACAGACUUUUAUAAAACUAAAAGAAUCAAUUCAUAAAUUCUUUGACAAUAACUCCUUUUUAAACUCUUAUAAUCUAGUCAAUUCGUUAAGUGCUAAAGUAAACUUACAAAUUGAACAACUAAAUCCCUUAUUUAACAACCGAAACAAACGUGGACUUAUUAACGGCUUAGGUUCCAUUAUAAAAACCAUAACUGGUAAUCUCGCACAAGAAGAUGCUGAAAAAUAUGACAAAGCUAUUUUGGAAAUCUCUAAUAACCAAAAUUCGCAAAAAACUUUUAUAAAAGAGCAAAUAACUAUAUCUAAAAAAUCUGUCGAACAUUUCGAAAGCAUAAGCAAAAAUUUGUCACAUAAUCAACGUAUUUUAGAAAAUCGUGUAAAAAAACUAGAAUUGGUGGUUAAACAAAUGAAUUUGAAUAAUACAAAUACAUACUCUUUCUUUUUAAGUGAAAUACUUGUCUCUCAAGUGAUAAAUGCGUAUCAAAAUAUAUACGAUAUCUUGGAUAACAUCGAAAUAGCGAUAACAUUCUCGAAAUUAAAUAUAUUUCACAGCUCUAUAAUCGACCCAAAAGAACUUCUAAAUGAAAUAAAAUUAAUUGGCCCUAACUUAAGUAAAACUAAGUUACCAUUUGCGGCAACUUUAGAGAACAUUUUACUAUUCGAAAAAAUUGUCGAAAUUAAGGGUUAUACAAAGGAAAACAAAAUAUUCUUUAUAAUAGAGGUACCUAUAGUUGAACUUGAAAAUUAUGUACUAUAUCACCUCUACCCUUUGCCCGUACCCUUAAAUUCCAUUUACCAAAUAAUUAUCCCUCAAAGUCAAUACCUUAUCCUAAAUGAACACUCAUAUGUACUGUUCAAUGCCAAAUGUCAAGAGGUAGCUACAGAAAUCUACCUUUGCAAAGAAAACAGCCCUCUGAGCGUAUCCGAGGAUCCGCCAUGUGAAGUACAAAUGAUGUUGUAUUCAAAACAUCCCUCAAAUUGUCGAGCCAUUCAAACCGAGAUCAAGUCUUUGAAAAUCCAGAAGCUGGAACAAGAAAAAUGGAUAAUUGUUUCACCCCAAAAAACCGUAGCUGUCCAACAAUGUGGCCAUAAUAAAGAAAAUAUCCCAAUCCAAGGCACCCUUGUCCUUGAGUUAAACCCUAGCUGCACCAUACAAAUUCAGGACUACCAGAUUAGAAGUUUCCACGAUACAAACACCCAUUUUCACAACAUUGAAUUACCCAAGCUGACCUUAGACUUAAAUGUUCGCCCUAAUGCUAUUGAUUUACAGCCCUUUGAACUCAAUAGCUUAAACUUCGAUGAACUUAAGAACAUUCAAACCAUGAUGGACAUCCAAGCCAAGAAAAUGGAAGAAACCAGCCAAGGACCUGUCCAUAUAACAAAUGUUAGCGUAUGGACCAUCAUCUUGUAUAUCCUGAUGACUACUGUAGCCGCCUUCCUGUUGCUGAGAAAGACAAGAAAAUUAAUCCAGGCCAAAAGAAAACAUCUCAACCAAACCACCACCACGACCAGUGACGACGAAGAAACCCUACAGAAUCCGAGCCAUAUUGUCAUAUAAUUCACCCCUGGGCUCAUUUCUUAGGAGGGAGGAGUUACGGGUACCAACCCGCCACCUUAUGCCGACCCUGCAUACUUUAUUUAGAAAUAGCUUAGUUUGUAUUGUCAUCAUUUUUAGAACGUAUAAAUAUAAUGUAAUAGACAAGAGCAAUAACAAUUAAUAUAGUAAUCGAUGUAGUCAUUAUCUAUCAAUCAAGUUAGUUGUAAGUUAAGUUAGUCCCUGUUCUCAAUAAAUUUGUUUUUUAAAA